AUGGUCAACCGCCAUCAUUCGCCAAGUGAAGAGCCGAGUGGAGGGGACAUUGUGGAGAAGCAAGACGCGCACGAUGACCAUUCUCCCUGGAAGCCUAAUGACAAGCAGGAAAGCAACCGGCCGAAGCCGACUCGCGCGGGUCAGGUGAAUCCACCAGGACAGGAGAGAGCCAGCCAGGAGGAGUUCCAACCGGGGAUCGGCUGUGGUUCGCCAGUCACAGAGGAGAAUGGCGGAGUGGCCGGCAACGGUGCAUUCGGGUUCCCGUCAAGAUGA